UGUAAACUGCGGGAGCAAUGCCACGAGAUUGCGAACAGUCCAUAUGCUGGAGGCGAGUUCUUAGUGACACCAUCAAAUGACCUCUACCUACAGGCGUCCUCUGGCAUCGGUCAGGCAGAAGGAAGAGGCGACUUUACGUGGUGGUUGGAGCUUAUCGACAGCGACGAUGUAGCCAAACCCGUCACUGAAGCCUCUAUGCAGAAGGUCUCUCUGGGUGAGCCGUAA